UCAUUCGACUAGACUGCGUCUAAGCGUGCUUUUUCAAGGUGACGGUAAAAUGGCCAAAAAAUCCGGCGUGUUGGGGAAAAUUGGCGGGAAUAAGCGGAAACGCGGCGCACGUUAUACGGAAAAGCCGGCACAGCGCAAUGCCGCCAACGCACGGGAAAGGGCACGGAUGCGGAUUCUUAGCAAGGCGUUCGGACGAUUGAAGACGGCGCUGCCGUGGGUGCCGCCUGAUACCAAACUAUCCAAGCUGGAUACACUACGCUUGGCCUCUUUAUAUAUAACCCAUCUAGCCACACUGCUGUCCCAGGACCAUCCAUCGGAAUGCUCAACGGAAAUACCGGCACUGAAAAUGACAUGGCCGUGUUUGGCCGCUCAAGCCAAACGAAUGAUUCCCGAUGCCUCCCAUUAAAGGAUCCCGGAAAAAGGCCCGUAACGAAAUGGAAAUGCAACGGAAAUAAUAAAUUUUCUGCUGCUGCUGCUGUUCUUUUUGUCAUUUUUUACCCUGGUCUUUCUUUCUGAUUUUCGGCGCAAGCUUCGCCGCAAAAUAUUAAAACAGCUAAAUAGUUCAAAUAUUAAAAAAAAUGAAAAAUGGUUGCCCGUCUUUAUAUUUGCAAAAUUCCGAUUCUUGUUUCCAGUGUGUUUCGGUAUUUCGAUUGCUGGUAUCGUAUGUACAGCCUGUAUGGUACUUUUAG